UGUGCCGUAGUUACCGGUUGGUCAUACAUACAUGGUGUUGCGUCAGCACUUGAUACCCUUUGUUCGCAGUCUUAUACAUCCGGUAAGAUAAUCAUGGUGGGUGUAUAUUUACAACGCGGCGUUAUAAUAAGUUUGUUAGGAUUCCUCCCAUUCGCUUGUCUUUGGUGGGAAGCAGAACAAGUUUUUAAACUCAUUGGUCAAGAUCCAAAAAUUUCUGCACAAGCUGGUUUAUAUUUAAAAUAUUUACUGUUUGGAGCUCCUGCAUUCUUGUUGUUUGAAAAUUUGAAGAGAUAUUUGCAAGCUCAAGGCUUAACCUUCAUGUUAGUUUUGUAUAAACCAACAUCACUUGGUUUGAUUGGAGCACCUAUUUCCAUGGCUAUAACAUAUUGGUUAAUGUUUAUCUUUCUUGCCAUUUAUACUAAAUUCAUUAACGGAUAUCAAGCAUGGGGUGGAUUGUCACGUGCUGCGUUUUAUGGCUGGAAACGGUUUUUGACAUUGGCAAUUCCUGGCGUCUUGAUGGUUUGUUCAGAAUGGUGGUCAUUUGAAUUCAUAUCUCUUCUCUCCGGAUACCUUGGUGAAAUUUCACUUGCAACCCAAGGCAUAAUACUUACUACAGCUAAUCUUUUGUAUCAAAUACCAUAUGGAUUUUCGGUAGCAGCAUCAGCUCGUAUUGGAAAUUUAUUGGGUGCUGGAAUGAUAGAAAGGGCUAAAACCGCAUCAAAAUUUUCUAUGCAACUCGCUGCUACUAUUGCUUUAUUGAAUGCAACUAUAUAUGUUCAUCUCGGAAGAAGAUGUAGUCAAGCUUACGUCUUAUGUCUUACCAUACCCGACUGUUUAAACUGCGUCGGGCUUGGUGUUCUUCGUGGGAAAGGCCGUCAAAAUAUUGGUGCAUGCCUCACCGUUACUGGAUAUUUAAUUAUAGGGUUACCUACUGGUAUACUUGUAGGUUUCAAUUUAGGAUUUGGAUUACAAGGUUUUUGGAUUGGAGCGAUGACAUCUUCACUUGCCAUUUGUAUUACUCUUAGUAUUAUUAUAUGGGGAACUAAUUGGCAACGGCAAUUAGAUAAAUGUAAAGAACGAAUGAAAAUAGACAGAGAUAGAUUUGAAGCCGAUGUUAAAUCUGCCAAUUUAGUUAAUAAUUGUAAUGUGAUGUGA